CACACGCCCGGGGCCGCCAUGCCCGGGGACCACCGCCGCAUCCGCGGCCCGGAGGAGUCGCAGCCGCCGCAGCUGUACGCCGCCGACGAGGAGGAGGCGCCCGCCGCUCGCGACCCGACGCGGCUGCGGCCCGUGUACGCGCGCGCCGGGCUGCUGAGCCAGGCCAAGGGCUCGGCCUACCUGGAGGCGGGGGGCACCAAGGUGCUGUGCGCCGUGUCUGGUCCGCGCCAGGCCGAGGGCGGCGAGCGCGCUUUCGCGGGCCGCCGGCGCCGCGCGCCCCCGGGGGGUGGCGAGGAGCGCGAGCUGGCGCUGGCCCUGCAGGAGGCGCUCGAGCCGGCCGUGCGCCUGGGCCGCUACCCGCGCGCGCAGCUCGAGGUAUCGGCGUUGCUGCUCGAGGACGGCGGCUCGGCCCUGGCCGCCGCGCUCACGGCCGCCGCGCUUGCCCUGGCCGACGCGGGCAUCGAGAUGUACGACCUGGUGGUGGGCUGCGGCCUGAGCCGUGCGCCGGGGCCCGCGCCCACCUGGCUGCUGGACCCCACGCGGCUCGAGGAGGAGCGCGCCGCCGCCGGCCUCACGGUGGCGCUCAUGCCCGUUCUCAACCAGGUGGCCGGGCUGCUGGGCAGCGGGGAGGGCGGCCCGACCGAGAGCUGGGCUGAGGCCGUGCGCCUGGGCCUCGAGGGCUGCCAGCGCCUCUACCCCGUCCUGCAGCAGUGCCUGGUGCGGGCCGCCCGCCGGAGGGACGCCGCCGCGCCGCUCUGAACCAGAAGCCAGGGCAACGACGGACGCCGUGGACCGAGCUGCCGCGAUCCCCGAAAGGACCCGCCCCUUCGGCUUCCAUGCUGGGCUGAGCUGAGAACUCAGAGCGCGGGAGAGGAUCUGGGGAGGCCUGCGCGGAACUGAUGCCCUGGACAGGUGUGUUGGAAGGGCUUUUUAUGAAUUGUUCCGUUAAAGAAACUUUACUUGAGCUGGCUGCCAUCUACGACCCAGUUGAAGAAACCUGUGAUGCAGCCUGACUCCCAAGUUCGAAAGGACUUCAACUGGACUUACGAGACCUGGAGCUAUGGUCUUGUAAGGGGUGGACCCUAUUGCAGGCCAGCCAGUGACUCCCUCCUGUAUAGCUGGGCUGCUUUUGAGGGAAUGGACAAGGAAGCUGUGCCUUCUCACUUACAGCUGAGCUAAAACAAAAACAAAACUGUUUUAUAUCUGAAAAA